CAACAAUACUCCCCAUUGGGCCCCCUGGCAUGCCUUAUACGUUUUCUCGGAGUGACUGCGUGGGUCGGCAAAUGUUGUUCUAGAGUUUGAGUAGACUCUAUGUCGCACCUUGAUAGUUCAAUGGCGUUGAUAACAUGUCCGGGACUCUUCACUUUGACUUUAGCGGGGGCAUCUUCGCAAUCCUUCGUAAGCACCCUCCAGUCAUCGUCUUCCUCACUGUUAGCAUGCGAGCUACGAGAAGACUAUGCCUUCAAGCAACUAGAAGGGUUGGCGGUGACAGUGUCGGUGGAAGCCGUAGCGUGUAGGAGAGCCGGGUUGACUGUAUGGCCUAGGGAGAGGGAGUUGACAGUGAUAAGGUCCCCAUAUUGUGGCAUCCCAGGUGCCUCGGUUACAAUCCCUCCGGUCUUAUUGAGUAGAGUUGGGUUCAAGGCAUGCGGCCUAAAAGCCGUUUCUGGUACUAGCUCCAUAAUUGAGGGGGUCUCUGGGAACUCAUCAGCUAAUGUAUUUAUUUCAAAGCAGCAAAAAGCGAUGCCUUCUCCACAUUUCAUGGUUGCCGUGUGUACCUAGUUGUAAGCUCAGUGUUUAAGCGCAAGCGACGAACUUCAAAAGCGCAAGACGCGCCCUUUGGACUUCUUGGUUAAAAGUAAUUCGGACCAGCAGUGCG